AUGGUGAUAGUAGUGGCGUAUGCAAAGUGUUGGCCCAUGUUCCAGCUUGAUGUAAAGGCAGCUUUCUUGCAUGGUCCGUUGGAGGAAGAGGUGUAUGUCCAGCAGCUACCUGGAUUUAUUAACGAAGGGGGUGAAGGAGAGAAUUUGUUGAUCAUCUGUUUGUACGUGGAUGAUCUGCUCAUCACCAGAUCAAAUCCAGAACGUCUAGAGGAGUUGAAGAGAGUUAUGCAGUCAGACUUUGAGAUGACUGAUUUGGGCAAGUUGAGCUAUUUUUUGGGCAUGGACUUCACAUACACAGCAGCUGGCUUGAUCUUGCAUCAAAAGAAAUAUGCUAAGGAGUUGCUAGGGAGAUUCGGCAUGACUGUAUGCAACUCAGCAAGGAGUCUAAUUGAAGUCAACCUGAAGUUGGCUAAGAACAAAACAGAAGAGGAUGCUGAAGAAACUGUGUUCAAGCAGAUUGUAGGCUCUCUACGAUUCUUGUGCAAUAGCAUACUAGAUUUGUCAUUCGAUGUGGGGCUGAUAAGUAGAUUUAUGAACAAUCCAAAGAAGUCACACAUGCUUACAGCCAAGAGGUUGUUGAGAUAUGUCAAAGGCACUGUAGAUUUUGGAAUAUUGUUUCCAAUUGGGAGGCAUAAGACUGAUGGAGAAAGCUUGGAACUUAUUGGUUUCAUGGACUCAGACCAUGGUGGUGAUUGUCUUGAAAGAAAGAGUACGUUAGGCUACAUAUUCAUGCUAAAUGGGUCUCUUAUUUCAUGUGUUCAAAGAAGCAGCAAGUAG